AUGACUCUAGCGGACGAAGCCCCAUCUAAAGGCCGCGUCGCGGCGAAAUGGCGUGGCACUCACGCCGACCAGGCUGAUAUGAGCGCUCUGGGAAGAGAGCAGGUCUUGCGACGUAACUUCCGAUACAUCUCAAUCGUAGGAUUUGGCUGCACGCUGAUCGCCACGUGGGAGGUUGUUUUGACUUUGCUUGCACAAGGCUUGACCGAUGGAGGAACUGCUGGUCUGAUUUGGGGGUUCGUGAUCGUCGCUUUUGGUUUCCUUCUGGUGUUCCUGAGUCUGGCCGAGAUGGCAUCUAUGGCUCCCACAUCCGGCGGACAAUACCAUUGGGUAUCCGAGUUUGCUCCUCCUAGCUGCCAGAAAUUCCUCAGCUACAUCACUGGCUGGCUGUGCGCUAUGGGGUGGCAAUGCGCCAUCGUGUCGAUUGCAUAUCUGGCUGGAACUAUUAUUCAAGGACUGCUGGUGCUGAACAACCCGGACUACGACGGCCAGCGCUGGCACGGCACCCUACUUGUGAUCGCCAUCACCUUGUUUUCGAUCGUAUUCAACACCUUCCUGGCAAAACGGCUGCCCUUCGUGGAAGUGUUGAUUCUGAUUCUGCAUGUGUGUGGCCUGUUCGCUAUCAUAAUUCCGCUGUGGGUUCUUGGCCCUCGCCGCAGCGCGAAGCAGGUUUUUACCGAAUUCAAUAACGGCGGUGACUGGAACAGCUCCGGGACUGCCACACUUGUUGGAUUCUCGACCACUAUCACGGCGCUGAUUGGAUAUGAUUGCGCGGUCCACAUGUCGGAGGAGAUCAAAGAUGCGUCUGAGACCCUGCCAAAGGCGAUGAUCACUUCUGUUUGUGUCAACGCCGCCUCCGGUUUCCUGAUGCUGGUGACCGUCUGCUUCACGCUAGGCGACAUUGACGACAUCCUGGCCACUCCAACAGGAUAUCCAUUCAUGCAGGUAUUCUACAACGCGACGGAGAGUCUGCCAGGAACGAAUACCAUGACCGCCAUUAUAGUGCUGACCCUCACGGCGAGCACAAUAACAGAAGUAGCAACAGCAUCGCGCCAGUUGUGGUCUUUCGCGCGUGAUCGUGGCCUGCCAUUCUCCGAAUUCUUUGGAUAUGUAAACCCUAGCUGGAACAUUCCGUUAAACGCCGUGAUGGUCUCACUAGUAGUGACGAUCCUCUUGUCGCUCAUCAACAUCGGCUCCACCACCGCGCUUCUCGCCAUCGUGACCCUGACCAUCGGCGCAAUGAUGUCCUCGUACAUCAUUACGAUUGGAUGUGUGCUCCUCAAGCGUAUCAGAGGACAACCACUCCCACCCCGUAAAUGGACGCUUGGCCGUUUUGGAAUGGCAAUCAAUAUUGGGGCUCUAUGCUUCCUGUUCCCGGUGUUUGUGUUCGCUUUCUUCCCGCUCACUUCGACAGUGGAGCCAGAUACUAUGAACUGGUGCGCAGUGAUGUACGGUGGAAUUCUGAUCAUCGCGGUCGUGUAUUAUGUGUUGCGGGGGCGGCACCAUUACAUCCCACCCGUGGCGCUGGUGAAGCGAGAGAUGUAA